GACACAGCAUCAUUGCGUGUUGACGAUGCCCUUUGAGCUUAUAUAGAUUGGGCUGGAGAUGAUUGAUCUAUGAGGUUCUAGCUUGCAAGCUCACCUGCAAGCUUGACACGGCCCGCGAAACGUUGAGCUUGUCCGGAAUGUUCUCUCGGACCAGCACAACAGCAUCGGGACGACCUCAAUCGAGCUCCGAUGUGAAUUCAAUCAACAAUCCUUCCGAUCGAUAGGCAGCAAGAUAAUGAUGACGACCCGACGAGGACACUUUAUCGCCUUCGAAGGCCUCGAUCGCUCCGGCAAAAGCACACAAUGUGCACGACUAGUAGAGCACCUCCGCAGUCAGGGCAAGACAGUCGAACAUCUCCGUUUCCCAGACCGCACAACCGUCAUCGGGAAAAUGAUCAACAGCUACUUGACCGGCUCGACCCAACAAGAGGAUCACGUCAUUCACCUACUCUUCUCCGCAAACCGCUGGGAAGCGGCGCAGAACAUUCGUGACAAGAUCGCCGCCGGCACAACCGUCGUCGUCGAUCGCUACUACUACUCCGGCUGCGUCUACUCUGCUGCCAAGCAGAACCCCACGAUGACUCUGGAAUGGUGUCGAGAGCCGGAGGUCGGUCUGCCGAGACCGGACAUUUGCUUGUUCCUGAACAUCUCGGCCGAAGACGCCGCCAAGCGAGGUGGCUACGGCAACGAAGUGUACGAGAAGCAGGAGAUUCAGGAUCGUGUCCGAGCGCUAUUUGCUGAAAUGCAGAAGCACCAUGAUGAGUUUGAGGACAUUGUGGCGAUCAAUGCGGGUGGGAGUGUGGAUCAGGUGGCGGAUGCGAUUCAGCAUGCGCUUCACAGAAAGAUUGGAGGACCGUCCCAGCGAUCUACUGAACUUCGGAACAUUCAGCCUUGGUGAUUUGACGUGCUGAGAAUCAACCCCCGUCCUGCUAUCUUUUUCUGCAAGAUCCACUCGCGCAUCAUAGAGUUAUCGAGGACGUCCCCAGAGCUGUUAGUGUUCGCUUGUACUGAGCCAGAGCCAAUUAAUUCGAAAAUUGUUCUGCGACGGACCAUCGUCGCUCUUGCACUCUUGGCUUGUUUUGUAACUUGCUCGCCAGGUCAUUCGAAGCUACGAUGGCGAUUGUUCAUGCGGUGUGUGGGUUUCGUGUAUUGUGCAGAAGGAAAACCAAAAUCUGCUCAUGCGAUGAUCUCAGCAUCAUUCCAAUCGCUAUCGUCGAUGACAGGUUCCAAGUCUGAUGUUUCGCGUAAAGGCCGCUUGAAUGAAGCGUGCUUUUGGCUCAAUGGUAUUUUGGAUGUCUGUGUAGGCUUCUGUGCUUCAUC